GAACACUCUUCCGGUUUGUAGUUUGACAUUUUUUGACUCACAUUACAAGUGCUUUUUAAAUUUUUAUCAAAUGUUUAGUCAUUCAAAUGAAAUUGGUGUUGUGUGAGGAGUUGAUGAUGUGUGAACUAUCUUGUUAUCUACUUUUACUGUAGCAAAGGUUUUAUCACUUUUAGAUUAUCUGUAGUUUUUUUUAGAAUUAUUAAAAAUGUUUCGCUGGAAGAAAGACAAAGAUAAAGAAAAGGAAAAGGAAGACAAGAAGAAAAAGGAAAAGAAAGAUAGGAAAGACCGUAAAUCUACCAUUGAAAAAGAGAGUUUAACUCAAGAUGAAUUAAAACGCUUAGAUGAAGUUAGGAGAAGUUUCACUAGCUCUAAAUCUUCAAGUUCAAAAGACAGAGAUGAGGCAUCCGAUAAACAGAGUAAUGGCAGUGAUUACAGUCUGAGUUCCCAUCAUGAUUCAAGUCCAUCUGGAAGUAGCAUUACUAAUGUUGACCCAAAUAAAUCAGGGAGUCCAUCUAGGAAGCCACCUCCAAUUCCAAAGAAGCCAACUUUACUUGUAAAGCCCAAUCAGGCAAGUGGUAAUAUCGAAACUACACCAUCGCCUCAAGGUAGUACAUUUUCUAUGGCUUCUUUACAUCUUGGAACUGCUAGUUUAACAAAUGAAAUGAUGGCUUUCAUGGACCAAAUGAAUCAUCCUUGUGUAGAUGGUCCUGGAACUGCUACUCCGAUAAUAAAUCUCGCUAAGCCUAGUGUACCAUCAGCUCCACCUUCACAAGUGCCUCCUGGAGAACAAGGAGGCUAUGGUAUUCGAUGGAAAUCGUAUUCAUCUAAUCUCAGACUACCUCCUGUAACUUGUUUGUCUCCUCCUCGUGUGCGAACUUUGACUAUUAAACGACAACCAACAGGGGAUUUUGGAUUUGCUCUUCGUCGAGCAGCAAUUCAAGAGCGUCAUUGUGGAGAAGCUGAAUCACGACAUACUGUUGUAUUUGCUGAACCAAGUAGUCUUGGUAAAGCAAAUGACACUGGCCUUUGGCCGGGUGAUAGACUUUUAGAAGUAAAUACUGUGUCCGUGGAAAAUAAGCCCCGAGAAGAAAUUAUAGAGCUUAUUCGAUCAUCUGGGGAUAGUGUAACUUUAAAAGUGCAGACUGUUUCUGAACUGAGAGAAUUAACAAAACGAUAUUGUUAUGACAGUGAGCAAACUGAUGCAUCAGAUGGAGAUGCAAAGGUUGGUACCUUGUCUCCAGGCAGUAAUCACAAAUUUAGAGGAGUUGCCAAGUCAGAAGAAGAAAUGGAAGUUGAGAAGAUAUGGUUAUCUAAAGAGAUGGUUUGGGUAGUACAUAAGGGUGGAUUUUCUGCUGCUCAUCUAGUCAGUGGCCAAGUUCCACAAGAAGGAAAACUGUUUGUCAAAAUGGAAUUUUCCCAAGAUGUAUUGGAAGUAAAUGAAGAAGAUGUUGAAAAAGCUAAUCCUCCACGGUUUGACUUUUUGGAAAAUGUUGCUCAUCUACGGCAUGUAAAUGAAUCCAGUAUUUUGCACACAUUACGUCAAAGGUAUUGCUCACAAUUAAUUUACACAUAUGCUGGAAAUAACCUUUUAGUACUGAAUCCUGUCCAGCCUCUUGCAGCUUAUUCUGAAAAGGUCAUGAAAAUGUUUAAAAGCUGUAGAGAUGAUGACAUGCCGCCUCAUAUAUAUGCUGUCGCCCAAUCAGCCCUGAAUAGUCUCCUUAGGACUCGAAAAGACCAAUCAGUUGUACUGCAAGGCCGUAGCGGAAGUGGCAAAACUACUAGUUAUCGUCAUUUAUUACAGUAUUUGGUUACAGUUGCAGGUUCUUCAAAACAAAUUCUGACAGGGGAAAAAUUAAACGCUGUAGUCACUUUACUGGAAGCUUUUGGGAAUUGCAGAACUGUGAUGAAUUCAAAUGCCACACGCUUUACACAGCUAUUUUCUGUUGAUUUGGAUCAUUCAGGACAGAUAAUAUCAGCAUCUGUACAGGCCUACAUGCUUGAAAGGUCACGAGUGAGUCGGAGACCAGAAGGAGAACCAAAUUUUCAUGUAUUUUAUUAUCUUCUCUCAGGAGCUGAUGACAUCUUAAGAAAGGAAAUGUAUUUGGAAAGCAUGCAAGAUCCAAAUCUGUUCAUGACAGCAUUACAUAAAGAUGAAGAUCAGAAACGUGCUUGUCUCUCCUGGGCAUACAUAAAUGCAGCAUUUCAAACACUAGGAGUUCAAGAAUCUGAAUCAAAAGCUAUUUGGUGUGUACUGGCUGCCAUUUACCAUCUUGGAGUUGCAAGUGCUUGCAAAGGAAGUAAUGGACGUUUACAGUUUUUGAGGCCACAAAGUGCACAAAGGGCUGCUUCUCUUCUUGGUUGUUCUGUAGAAGAUCUUGCUAAAAGUAUUUUUUCUCCUGAUCACAGUGGUCCUGUUUCAGGAAAAGUGUCACCUAGGUCAUCUGAUGGAACUGUUGAGGCUAUUGAAUGUCUACAAGCUAUGGUUUCUGGUUUGUAUGCUGAGGUUUUCAGUGCUCUUCUGUACUUGAUAAACAGGGCUUUAAGUGGUGGUGGCAGAAGCAUGGCUUCUGUUCACCUGCUGGAUUGUCCUGGAUUUCAGAAUCCUGCAACAUGUGGACGUGUCAUGGGAGCUGGUUUAGAAGAUUUAUGCCAUAAUUACUGUCAAGAAAAAUUACAGUUACUUUUCCAUGAUACUACUUUCCUCACUCAGCAAGAACGAUAUCUUCAGGAAAAUAUUGAAUGGAACAAGGAAGAGUUCCAUAUUAGUAAUCCAGGUCCUUUGAUUGAUGUGAUAGAUCAUACGCCUCAACAAGGAGCAGUUCGUGCAUCAACUGCCGAUCUUCGAGAAAUUGGAAAACGAGGUCUCUUGUGGCUCUUAGAUGAGGAAUCCUUAUUUCCUGGUGCCAGCGAAAAGUCGUUCUUAGAUAAAGUUUGCACAAACUAUUGUGGGAAAGAAUAUCAACAACUUAUUCGUAAAGGACCAUAUAACCAUCAGUUCACAGUUCAGCACUUCCAUGGCACAAAUCCUGUGGUAUAUUCUGUUACAGGAUGGCUGCGUUAUUCUAGAGAACAUCCUACAGCAAGACAAACCAUAUUUCUUUUACAGGAGUCUCAAAAGGAGUACAUAAAUCAACUUUUUUCUUCCUCUCGUGGUGUGUUUGGAGCAUCGGGAAGUAAUACUCUGCAUGCGGAUGGCGGGUCGACUUUAAGACGCAGUUCCAGCAUGCGUCGAGCUCAAGGUGUUGCAGCAGCUGGAGUGAAAAGGCGUUCCCUACCUUUACAAGUUAAAUAUACUAUGGAUAGUCUAGUGGAUAUGCUAAGGAGGACAAACGUGCAUUUUGUUCAUUGUUUCUUACCUCGGCAUAAUGCAGGAGUUGGCGACUGCCGUCUGUCUCCUGUUUCUAGCAAGAAUAUACCUGUAGAAGAUGUACUUAAUAUUCCACUUUUGAGGUCACAGAUUCGGGGCUUUCAAGUGUUAGAUACUGUAAGAGUACAUAAACAAGGUUUUCCCGAAAAUAUUAUGUAUUCAGAAUUUAGAAGACGAUUUGAAAUUUUGGCUUCAGCUGAACAUCGUGUACCAUCUCCAGUCUACGAUGAAAGGCAAGCUGUAGAAUCAUUGCUAGAACAUAUUGAUAUAGAGAAAACAAGUUACCGAAUGGGUCUGAGUCAAAUUUUCCUAAGAUCCGGAACAUUAGCUCAGUUGGAAAUGAAGAGAGACCAUAAGUUAAAAGGUGUAAUUGCAUCAUUCCAAGCUUAUUGUCGAGGUUACCUCGCACGUGCGGCCAUCAACAAACUGAAGGUUCAAGACAUGGCAAUUCGUUGUAUACAAAGAAACGUUAGAAAGUUCUUAGCUAUUCGAAGUUGGCCGUGGUGGAGGUUAUAUGUAAAAGUUCUGCCUCUUUUAGAUGUUCAUAGAACUGAAGAAGAAUUAAGAUUAAAGACAGAAGAACUGGAAACUUUAAAAGGGAAAUUAGAGAAAGUAGAAAAGGAAAGAGCUGAAUUGAAACUAGCAAAUGAUAAACUUGAAGCUAAGGAAAAAGUUCGUUCUAUUGUGCCAGCGUGCAGUGAAAUCCUCUGCAUGUGGAAAAGACGUUCGGUUUGUCGGCACCAAUGAGCAUCCUGAUGUCAUCAGGCUGAUGAUGAGGCACCACGGCGGCGAGUGCCGUGUGGUGCUAUGUUUUCUGAAAAUAUAAGUUUUUCCGUGGAAGCCUGAAGUGUUGCUUUUUCGCCGCCGAUAUGGCACCAUACAACACAAGACAUGAUUUUUGCUUCAGUGCUAGUAAAAUU